CAUUGACCCCAGCAAGCUGGCCCCUGCCAUGCAAGCAAUCAGGCCUUCUCCUACAUUGACUCUGUUGAGUUAAGCCUGGCUGCAGCCCGGAUGGGCCGGCGCGCUGUAAGGUCCGAUACCAUACCAUACGCCUUCAUUCACGGCCAAUCCAAGCCGGCCGGCCGUUCGAUCGACGUCGGCAAGCGAGAUCGAUUCCGCGUCUCAGACAACAACCCAAGAGUUAGUUGCUGCUGCUGCUGCUAAACUAGUGUGGUUAUUCUCUCUCUCUCUCUGCCUGAGAGCAGUCACAGCCGGUGCGCC